AUGUCUCUUUAUGACAAUACCGGGGUCCAGUACUUCGAGGCGAACAAUUUCACCUUUAUAGAUCAGACGACAAUCCCGAUUGUUCUAGCAUAUCGAGAAUUCAACCCAACGUGCAAGAAGACCGCGUUGAUUCCAACAUGUUUCCGUGGACGAAUCAAUAAUACCUGGAACUUUUCCAAUGGCGUUUUGAAAGACUAUCGGGUCAUUGUGGUCGCAUUGUUCGGUAAUGGCGAAUCCUCCAGCCCGUCGAACACGCCAGGCUUUCCCUCGUUGCUCGAGUAUGGAGACUGUGUUCAAGCCCAGCACAAACUACUCACCGAUCAUCUAAGAAUAUUCCAGUUGGAUGUUGUGGUUGGCUUUUCUAUGGGAGGCCAGUGUACCUAUCAUUGGACAGCCAUGUACCCGGAGAUGGUUCGCAACGCGGUCGUAAUCUGUUCAUCAGCAAAGACGAGCUUGCACAACUAUCAAUUCCUUGAAGGCCCCAAGGCUGCCUUGCUGAACUCCAUCGACUAUGCCGAUCAGUCUUUGCGUUCUAAGGGACAACCACCCAUCCGGGGUCUUCAUGCAUUCGGACGCGCAUACUCCGCAUGGCUGGCAAGCGCCGAAUGGUUUGAAGAGCGUCUUUUCGAAGUCCAAGGCUUUAAAACUCUUCAAGAAUGGGGAGAAGCCAUUGGUGGAAAGAAUUACGAGGAUUGGGACCCUGAUAAUCUCUUGGCCAUGCUCGGGAUGUGGCAACGGUCCGAUCUUGGCCUUGUUGGGGGUCAGCAGAUUCCGCUUGCACAAGCACUUGGCAACUUGAGACCGAGAGUGCUUGUGAUGCCAUGUCAGACAGACCAGUAUUUUAAGUGGGAGGCAAGCGAGAAGGAAGUCUUGUUUAUGGAGAACGCAGAAUUGGCUGUCAUUCCAUCAAUUUGGGGUCAUCUUGCAGGUAGUGGGUGCAAUCCAGUAGAUACUCAGUGGAUGGACGACAGGAUCGCAGGAUUUCUGAGCUAG